UUGUUCUGUGAAGGAAGGACUUUUUAGUGAUUUCCGAGAGUUUUUCAUGGAAAUUUGAGAAAAAUCAGUGAAAAUGGAUCAGAUUCUAGCGCGGGAUUACUCAAACUAUCUCACACAGAACAGUAUUUCCAAAGAGGUGGAUCCAAUUUGUCGGAAUAUAGAUGACAUGCUAACCCGGCUGGAUGAAUUUGAGAGCCUCCUGAAUGUUGUAAAAGAAAACAUCUCAGUGACAACGGAUAAGAACCUCCCGGAGAUAAGUGCCUUUGAGAAGGACUUCCAGGAGCUCUGCCGGCGAAUUGAUGGCUUUGAGCGCUUCGUGGGCAUUGCUGGGGACAAUCUGGCCAAAAUGGAAGCUCACCAGGCCGUGGCGGAGCAAGAAUUGGGCUUCACCGAGUCCGGACUGAAGGGUUUCCUCAAACCAAUCUUCGGUGGACGUCCCAGAUCCGAACAGGAGGCCACCAAUCUCACCGCAGACGAAGUCUACGAACCUCCGGAAGUCUACAAUACAUCAGAUUUCUUCCCGGAUAGCACAUCCUGCUAGAAAGUCACGCAGAGCCGGAACGGAGGAAAAAUAAAUGAUAAAUUUUCUUCAA